AUGUCGAGCAUUGUGGUGGAUAGAUGGGAUGUUAUUGGAAAAAUGAUUGGUGAUCGGGAUAUCUCGGAUCAUUGUCCCAUAUGGAUCAUGACGGAUAAUAACAAUUGGGGCCCGAAGCCGUUCAAGUUCAAUAAUGAAUGGUUUUCGUUUGACUCCUUCAUUCCGUUUGUUGAAAAAGAAUGGUUAAAUUUGAAGGUGGAAGGAAGUGAGGAAGGAGUUCGUGAUGUCAACUUUGCCGAUGAGAGGUUAGAUCCUAUUUCCAAUUCUCCUUCUUCUUUUGAUGAUAAUCUUUCUCUUAGAAAGGAAGCUUCUAGUAGAUUAUGGAGGAAUUUGAGGAUUAGGGAAAAUAUGCUCUUACAAAAAUCUAAAUCGAAGUGGAUAAGGGAGGGGGAUUCGAAUAGUGGAUUUUUUCACAAAGUGAUGAGUCAAAGGAGAAGGCGUAAUCAUAUUGGUCCCAUUGUCUCUUCGGGUACUUUGGUGGAUUCGGUGGAGGAUGUGAGGGAGGUGGUUUUCGAUCACUUUGCGAACAAAUUUAUUGAAACGGAGGAGAAUAGACCUUUGUUGGAUGGCAUUUCUUUUAAGGAGAUUUCUAGAGAGGAGGCGGUGAGGUUGGAAAAACCUUUUCUUGAGCAUGAAAUUAAAGAAGCGGUUUGGAAUUGCGGAGGUUCGAAGAGCCCGGGGCCGGAUGGUUGCUUGUACAAGGUGGUGGCUAAGGUCUUAGCAAGGAGAUUGAAAUGCAUACUUAAUUCUAUUAUUUCUCCAUUUCAAAGCACUUUUGUUCCCGGUAGACAAUUAUUAGACGGUGUUCUUGUGGCAAACGAAGUAGUGGAUUUUGCUAGAAAAGAAGGGAGUAAUUGUAUUCUUUUUAAAGUGGAUUUUGAAAAGGCAUACGACAAAGUUAGUUGGAAUUUCUUACGGUAUAUUUUGAAAAGGAUGGGUUUUGGGGAAAAGUGGAGGAGGUGGAUGAAGUUAUUGGUGUUUUCUAGCAAAAUGUCGAUUUUGGUUAAUGGGAGCCCAACAAAGGAGUUCGAGGUUUCUAGAGGCCUAAGGCAAGGUGAUCCUCUUUCACCUUUUCUUUUUGUGUUAGUAACGGAAGCUCUUUCGCGUCUUGUUAGAAAAUCGGUUGAAGGUGGAGAAUUCCAAAGUUUCACUUUUAGGGAUUCUUGCAAGGUGGACAUUCUUCAAUUUGCGGACGACACUCUUACUGUGGGUAAUGGUAAUUGGAAGCAUGUUUGGGCUCUAAGAGCAGUUCUCCGGGCUUUUGAACUUGUUUUGGGGCUAGGAAUCAAUUAUCAAAAAAGUAUUCCUAUUGGUUUUAAUCCAAGGAAGGAAACCACUUGGAAUCCUCUCUUGUUGAAAAUGAAGAAUAGGUUGGAAGGAUGGACGAAUCGUUUCUUAAAUUUGGGAGGGAGAAUCACACUUCUCAAAUUCGUGCUUAGUUCCUUAAGUAUUUUCACUAUGUCUUUUUACAAGAUGCCGAGAAAGGUGAGGUGGCGGAUUCUUCAAGGACAAAAUUCAUUAUGGUUAAGGGUGUUGAAAUCUCGGUAUGGUGAUGUAGCUUCUAAAGUGUUCGGGGGUGGCACGGAAAAGAUAGUCUCCUCUUCUUGUUCCAUGUGGUGGAAGGAUAUUGUAAGGAUUUUUUCUUCUUUUUCCCAUGAUCCUAUUGCUAGUUGUAGCAAGUUUAUUGUCCAUAAGGGUUAUAAUACUCCUUUUUGGGAGUCCAUUUGGUUGGAAGGCACCACUUUAAAAAAUUGUUUUCCGGAUUUGUUUCACGAGUCCCGUUUAAAGAAUGUUUCGGUAGCGGCUAUGGGAGGUUGGGUGGAUGGUGUUUGGAAGUGGGGCGAUUUUGGUCUUCCCGAAAAUGUUAGGGACAAUGGGGUCCGAAUGGAGGAGGUCUUGGAUUUGAAGGACAAAGUGACGACUUUUAGUGGGUGGUCGAGUGGGCAUGAUACGGUUAGUUGGACCGGUAAUUCGGAUUUGUGUUUUUCGGUAGGUUCUUGUUAUGCUUUUUAUGAGAAUCUUAGUAUUCCGUAUGGUCCUCCAAUUAAUCAUGCGGAGGUGUUCGGUAUUUUGUGGGAGACGGAAGUGCCUUUCAAGAUAAAAGCUUUCGGUUGGAGACUUUUUCACAAUAGACUCCCGACGAAAGAUUGCUUGACAGCUCGAGGUAUGUCUUUUCCCAUUGAUGCUUUGAAGUGCAUUUUUUGUGGAUAUAGUUUGGAAUGUAGGAACCAUUACUUUUUUAGUUGUUUGGUGGUGAAAAAUAUUUGGAGGAAGAUAGUUUUUUGGGUGGGUAAAGGGGUUAUUUUUGAAGAGGAGUGCCGGUCAAAUUUUAUGGAGUGGCGCCUACAUUUUCAUAGUAAAAAGGUGAAGGACAGAAAGUUGGGAGUUGUUUGGCUUGCGACUACUUGGAUUCUUUGGUUGGUUAGAAACGGGCAUUGUUUUCGGAAGGAGGCUUGGAAUGUAAACAAUACGGUUUGGAACAUCAAGCUUUUGGUUCGGAAGUGGUCGUUUUUUGGGAAAAUUACUCACCCCAAUUAUACUUUCUACGAGUUUAGUAUGGACCCUUUGUAUUAUCUCUCGUGA